GCGGCACGACUGGCCCGACCUACGGCCGCGGCCCUCACUCGCCGACCGCACCGCGCCUGCGCCACACCGAGCGCGCCUCCCGCCAUCUUUUCAAAACUUUACAACUGACAAUCUGACAAUCAAAAAUAUCGGACGUUUGUGUUGCACUUUGAUGACUUGACGGUGAUAAAAAUAAAAGCCAGCAGUCUUCGUAAGAAUAUGACCUCAAAGCGCAGAGGCGUGCGCGCGCGCCUCGCGGAUGAGUUCUACACGUAUUGUGCGUUUUGGGUCGCUGUGUCUACCCUACCCGUGCUUGCCGUUUCAUAUAUUGUCGUACGAGUAAGCAAAUACCUCUGGCUGAAGCUACUGUCCAGCAGGUAUCCACACCUAGAAUUUAUAUGGACAGACACAGUGCGCACUUUACUCGAUACUCACAGAAACCAGGGAAUCAUCAAUGUUUUACUCUCUGUAAAAGGCACAUUAGAUCCAGAACAAAUAAAGAAUCAUCUAACUGACCAUGUAAUCAACAAACGGGAUAAGAAUGAUGGCAUCAUGUUCCCGAGACUGCGGCAUCAGCUGGUAUCCAGAUGGGGGAACUAUGCGUGGAACCCCAGCGUGAUAUUCAGGCCCGAGAACCACUUCAUUGUGGCCAGCGCCGUCUAUCGGGGGCGACAAGUCGGCGAACAUAAUAUUCAGGAAUACGUGAGUGAUAUUGUAUCAAAAUACUUCGCAAGUGACCAAUCUCCGUGGCAGUACAUCGUCAUCCCAUGCGUGUCUGCAGAACCUAAGUACUACAUCCUAGUCCGCGUACAUCACCUCCUGCUCUCAGGGAAGAAGUCUUUGAACAUCGGCGACUUGCUCCUCAUGGAACAGAUCAACCCUUCUGACAGAAUCAUUGUAUCACCGGCAGAGUACACACAACAAAGUCCAUUAACACAACUGUCCCCCUCACCAUCAGCUAUUCCUGAGCUAUGGGGCAAAGUCAAUGAGAACCUAUCGAAUGCCUGGAAUGAGUUUGUAUCAGAAUACGAUCCAGUAGAAAGUCCAAGAGCCCUAAAAACUCUACCUGGAGCAUUCCACGUGGCAGGUCUAGUUCUAAUUGCAACUGUGAGUGCACUGAGAGAACUUAACAAGAAGUCUAAUGGCAGAGAUACGUCUUCAGAAGCUCCUGUCACUGCACUGACACUUUUAGCGGCAAUCCAAAGAGAAUGUAACAGGAGGAAUUUAACUAUACCAAAGAUAAUCAUAUCACCACUAAUAACAGCGGACCCUAGAAAAUGGCCGGGAAUGGCAAUCGGUGCAAUUUUCACAUCAAUGCGUCACUUCUUUGUACUGCCGCUUCGCGUUCGCAACGAACUGAUUGCUUUGAACGAGUUACGAAGUUGUGGUCAUGCGAGACAACCAGACACACUGACGUGGAAGUAUGCAGAGCUGGCGCAGCUGUGCGUGGCUGCUGUAAGCGAGGCUUGCCAAGGAGUACUCGAAGUAUAUCGUGCUCCUGCCAGACUUUGGACUGAUACGAUCGGAGCUGACGAUGGGAACCGACAUGUGCUGCAGACCGUGUCUUUGUGCGGGAGAAAGGUAACAGCAUGGUCGCGGCCCGUGCCUCGAGCGGGAGUGGAGCGCGCAGCUCGAGCGCUCGACGUGUCCUCAACUGACAUAGCGCUGUACGCCGUCACAGAAGCAUUGAGGGCUUUCUUCGACAACUCACAGUCACACGCACCUGAAUCGGUUCUCACAACCGCACGAGCAGCACAUGAGGACUUCCUCUACACCUUCGCCGAGGGACACGGAAAGAGUUAUAAGAAGUCACAAACUGGAGUCCAUCUGUUUAGGGAAUUCAUCAUCAUCGUCAUCAACAUAUCAGCCACACGACGUCCACCGCUGACAAUAGGCCUACCACAGUUAGGUAUGGUAUGUCUGUCACUGACGCCGGGUGCGUCACCGCGUCGUGUGAGCGCUGUAGUGCGGCGCGCAUGCGAGCGACAACGCGCGCUCGCAGCUGGUUGGGCGGCGCAAGCGCGGUUUGGAGCGUUGACGCGCGCAAUACCAUCUCCACUCGCACGUCUGAUACUCAAUCUAGUGUCACGACGUUAUGCGCUCUCUUACGCCGAGAUUGACGCGCCGCCUCACACGCCUCCACGACAUACGCUGUGGGGACAAGAGGUCGAUGCCGUCGUGUAUUGGAGACCUCCUCAAGCGAAUAUAAGUAUGUCGCUAACCGUGAUUCAGUACGCGGACACCGUACGUCUAGCAGUAAUGGCGGACGCACGGCUGGUGCCGUCUCACAUCAUCCCGGCCACUCGCUGGCCUACCGCCAUCGAACAGCUAGUCGCUAAGAUCGACCAGGAAAUUGCCAAGAUCACUGCUAGAGCGCACCUUGCCGCUGGAACUGUACCACGAAUUAUUACCCCAGAAGAGGUACCAAGUACUAGCGCGGAGAGUCAAGAAGAUACAGAAGAUGCAGAAGACUCUGGAGAUACUUUACGACCUCCACCGACUACGGCAGUGAGCCCACCUCCCAUGCGCCGACGUAUAGCCAACUAGUUCAAUCACUAGCUUCUAGCUAAGCGAAGUAAAUUCAAUACAGUCAAGUGGCUCUGCCACACCGGGGGCAGGAAUUUACCAAGUUACCGACACGAGAUUGAAGUAAAUAGGUGGAAAGUGGACGUACAGACUCAUCAUAUAAACGAUGAGAUGACUGCUAGUUAUAUACAAACGUGAUAAAUUGUGUGUUUAUCUAUAUUAUUAUGUUGACAUUCGAGAGUACCUAAUUACAUAAGUCGUUAUUAUAUCUGAUGUUAUGAAACUGUGAUCAUGUCAAUGUCAAUUGUUAGUUAGUUAUGAAAUUUAUUAUUGUUUUUAAUAAAAGU